GCGCGUCGCAACCUUUUCCUUUCCUUAUCCCGUUUAUAUAGUACGGCGACUUCCGCCCUUGCCGUUAAAGCAGUGCGAUCAUGGCGGAGCGCGUUCAGCAGCCCCCAGCUAAACGGCUCUGCUGCCGACCCGGGUAUAGUACGACAUGUAGGCAGGGGCAGCGAGCCGGUGGAACAAUAUGCGGCGGUUCGGGUUCUGGCCAAGGGGGAUCCAGCAAAACCCAGAGCCCCGAAUCGCUCCUGGACAUUGCAGCGCGGAAAGUAGCGGAGAAGUGGCCGUUCCAACGGGUGGAGGAGCGUUUCGAGCGCAUCCCGGAGCCCGUACAGCGGCGGAUCGUGUACUGGUCUUUCCCGAGGAGCGAACGGGAGAUCUGCAUGUAUUCCUCGUUCAACACGGGCGGAGAGGAGAGUGCGUCUAGCGGGGAGAACGUAGACGAGACGCGGUUACCGUUCCGACGCGGCAUCGCAUUGCUGGAGAGCGGCUGUGUGGACAACGUAUUGCAAGUCGGUUUCCAUUUGAGCGGCACAGUGACAGAACCGGCCACGCCGUCAGAACCCGAGAUGGUGUGCAGCGUAGCCAUUAGCUUCGACCGCUGCAAGAUCACCUCCGUGACGUGCGGCUGUGGAAACAAGGACAUCUUCUACUGCGCUCAUGUGGUGGCGCUGUCCCUGUACCGCGUACGGCGGCCCGAGCAGGUCAAACUUCAUCUCCCCAUCUCAGAGACUCUAUUCCAGAUGAACAGGGACCAGUUGCAGAAGUUUGUGCAGUAUCUCAUCACCGUCCACCACACGGAAGUGCUGCCCACGGCCCAGAAACUGGCCGACGAGAUUCUCUCGCAGAACUCCGAGAUCAAUCAAGUGCACGGGGCCCCGGACCCCACGGCGGGGGCCAGCGUGGACGAUGAGAACUGCUGGCAUUUGGACGAGGAGCAGGUCCAGGAGCAGGUCAAACUCUUCCUGUCCCAGGGGGGAUACCAUGGCUCGGGCAAACAGCUCAAUCUCCUGUUCUCAAAGGUACGGGAGAUGCUGAAGAUGCGGGACUCGAACGGUGCUCGCAUGCUAACGCUAAUCACAGAGCAGUUCAUGGCGGACCCGCGGCUGGCUCUGUGGCGGCAGCAGGGAACCACCAUGACGGACAAAUAUCGGCAGCUGUGGGACGAGUUAGGUGCCUUGUGGAUGUGUAUCGUGCUGAACCCCCACUGUAAGCCGGAACAGAAGGCCGCUUGGCUCAGGCAGCUCAAGAAGUGGAACAGUGUGGACGUGUGUCCCUUGGAGGACGGUAACCAUGGCAACGAGCUGCCCAAUUUAACCAAUUCCUUGCCUCAGGGUGCACACGGCAACCAAGAUUCUGGCACCCGGCCCCACCGGACGGUUUUUACGCGAGCCAUCGAGGCAUGCGAUCUCCACUGGCAAGACAGCCACUUACAGCACAUUAUCAACGACGACCUCUACACCAACUACUGUUACCAUGACAACACUGAAAAUUCGCUCUUUGACUCUCGCAGCUGGCCCCUGUGGCACGAACACGUCCCUACGGCCUGCGCCAGGGUAGAUGCACUGAGAUCUCACGGUUACCCACGGGAAGCACUGCGAUUGGCCAUCGCCAUCGUCAACACCCUGCGUCGGCAGCAGCAGAAACAGCUGGAGCUCUUCCGAAACCACAAGAAAGAUCUGCUUCAUAAAGGGGUGACGUCCAUCACUAAUCUAGAGGGAUGGGUGGGACACCCUUUGGACCCCAUUGGAACGCUCUUCAGCACGCUGAUGGAAACAGGCCGCGGGGAUGAAGACAGUUCGCAAGGCGGGUUUCUAGAUUUCUCAGCCAGCACAAUGAGCUCGAGCAAGCACAGCGAGCUGCACUUGUUUCCAUCCACGCGCCGCUUCCUGGAGGAGGGUGAGUCAUAUCUGGCCCUGGCGGUGGAAACGGCCCUGAUGGGACUGGGUCAGCAGAGAAUCAUGCCCGACGGACUGUACGCCCAAGAGAAGGUGUGCCGCAACGAGGAGCACCUGAUCGCCAAGCUGCAGGAAGUUGACCUGGACGACACCCUGGUCAAGAUCUUCCGCAAGCAAGCUGUCUUCCUGUUAGAGGGUGGGCCCUACAGUGGUUUGGGAGAGCUCAUCUAUAGAGAGAGCGUUCCGAUGCACACGUUUGCCAAGUAUCUCUUCACAUGCCUCCUACCUCACGAUGCCGAACUGGCGUACAAAAUUGCACUGAGAGCAAUGCGGUUACCAGUGUUGGAAUCCAUGGCUCCUUCGGGCGACAUGUCCCGGCCUCACCAUAUAGUAUCCGUCGUCCCCAAUCGUUACCCACGAUGGUUCACCCUCAGCCACAUCGAGUCCCAGCAGUGCGAGCUGGCCUCCACCAUGUAGACAGGUGAUGCUCGAAGGUUAGAGACAGUAUUAGAGUCCAUACAGAAGAACAUUCACUCCUCCUCUCAUAUCUUCAAACUGGCGCAGGAUGCCUUUAAGAUAGCGACGCUCAUGGACAGUCUGCCGGACAUCACUCUGCUGAAGGUCUCCCUGGAGCUGGGUCUUCAGGUAAUGCGUAUGACGCUUUCAACGCUCAACUGGCGGCGGCGAGAGAUGGUACGAUGGCUAGUCACAUGUGCCACAGAAGUUGGGGUCUACGCACUGGACAGCAUCAUGCAGAGCUGGUUCACCCUCUUCACUCCCACCGAGGCUACAAGCAUCGUGGCCACCACAGUCAUGUCCAACAGCACCAUCGUCCGGCUGCACCUGGACUGCCAUCAGCAGGAGAACCUGGCGAGCAGCGCGCGGACGUUAGCCCUGCAGUGUGCCAUGAAGGACCCUCAGAACUGUGCGCUGUCGGCCCUCACGCUCUGCGAGAAGGACCACAUCGCCUUCGAGACGGCCUACCAGAUCGUGCUGGACGCGGCUACCACGGGCAUGAGCUACACACAGCUGUUCACCAUCGCGCGCUACAUGGAGCACCGCGGCUACCCCAUGCGCGCGUACAAACUGGCCACGCUCGCAAUGGUGCAUUUGAACCUGAGCUACAACCAGGACACACAUCCCGCCAUCAACGACGUGCUGUGGGCUUGUGCGCUCAGCCACUCGCUGGGAAAGAACGAGCUCGCCGCCAUCAUCCCGCUGGUGGUGAAGAGCGUCAAGUGCGCCACUGUGCUUUCCGAAAGUCCACACAGCACUCCAGAUCUCUCUGUUAAACAUUCACAGCCUCAAAGUGAAGAAGAAAUAUGGCUUUAAACCAAACAACACCUCCAUCUUAAGUGACAAGUACCUCGUACGGCUUCAGCUUUACUCCUUCCUGAACCAGUCACACAUUACCAAUGUACUAAAGAAGUGUUAGAAACGAGAAAAACAAAAACACUUUUUUUAGUUUCCUUUUCAAUUCACCAGGCUGAUUGCGUGGCUUUGCAGUGCUGUUUCGUCCAAAAGCAUGUCACACACACACACACACGCUCUUCAACCCCAUUGUGCUUGCGCUUGUGGAAACUUAGCGACUGUCGACAUACAUCUCAGGGAUUCUCUUUGGAAAAAAAAAAGGAAAAAAGAAGAUAAAAAUGGUCAUGAAAGAAUGAGAGCAUUUUAUUGUACUGUAUAUAUGAUAGUAUAUGUCUGAAUAUUGAAAAAAUGUAUACGUUAACUAAUUUAUAAAAAGAAUAUUCUAUGUAAUGCAAAAUACUUGAAGCUGCAGUACCUUGGUUUGAAACAAAACAUAUCAGAGGGACUAAACGCGAGCCUCGGGCUGUGUUCGGAACAGAAGGCUAGCGCGCUGCUUACUGCGUGACAAAUAGUAUGCGAAACCGUAGGCAUUAUUCCACAAUUAACGUUUCACGUGAUUUCAUGACUGUGCAUGUUUAAUUCAGUUCAUCUUGGAAAUGAAACUGGGUGUUUUUCACAUUUAAUCCAAUUUAAAGCGCAUUGCAUUGCACAGUGUCCAUACUACACACUGCAGCCACAGUAGCAGUACGCUAGCGUGUUAUUCCGAACACAGCCGUGCUGUCGGGGCUGGAUUCGGGCAGUGAACCUGUGUGCUGGGUAUCUAUGCAGAGCCACCUCCGAUGCACGAUCCGAGCGGUCUGGGAUGCGUUGGCGUAGACCCGACCACACAGGGCACCAGUGGUUUGGACGGACACCCAGUGAACCAGAGCAGCAAGCCUUAGCAUUAAGAAUUGGGAAUGCAAGAAACGCAGGCCCAUGUGCCUCAAAAAAAUGCCUAGAAAUGUAGAUCCAACAGUAUCGAUGUUAAUGCAAACAUGCCGAGCGAUUGGCCUGACGCUCUUGUUUCUUUCCACAAUAAUCGAGUCACGACGAAGCUCCAUUUUUAUGCACAAUAACAUGUACAUGCCUAUCUGCUGACAUCUUAACUUUGUGCAAGACAGAAAGUUGCUGUGUAGGUCUGACUGUUCAAACGUUUUUUAAACGUUUUUUGUUUUUUUACGUUUCUUGUUUUGUUUUUCUUUUUGUCGUUCCUAUAGGAUUCCUCAACGAAACGAAAACAGCCUUCUUUCUUGCCUUGUCUUAACGCUUUAAAAUAACCAAACUGGAGUUCUAACUACCAAACUUGUUCAUUAAAAAUGAAAGCCAACCGACUUUGGUUACAACUUUACGGUCUUUAAUUUUAGCUGAAUGGUUCUGUAUUCUAUGCUUUAAAAAGCAGUUUUCCUAUGUUUUUUGGUGCAAAAACAUUGUCGAGUGUCCCCUUCCUUAGAGGUAUGUCUGUAGCUCUUUUCUUUUUUUGUUCGUUUAGAAACAGAAAUAUAAUUUUUCUCCAUUUUAU